AUGAAACCUGAACAUUUUAUUUCGGAUAUCCUUUUACCAAGUGAAGAAGAUCCGGAUCUUUUCGAUCCAAAUUGUGACCCUGAAAAUCCAAGAGUUCUGACAUAUGAAGAAGUUAAAGCUGCUAAGGAACGUAUAAAGGAUGGAAUAAUAUGCACACCCUGCAAAAAAUCUCAUCUAUCAUAUAAAUAUAAUAUGGAAAUUUAUUUUAAGGAGGAAUUUUUGCAAGUAACUGGAAGCUUCAAAGAGAGAGGAGCUCGUAACGCCCUACUUCAAUUAACACAUGAUGAAGCUAAACGUGGAGUUAUUGCAUGCAGUGCCGGAAAUCAUGCACUAGGCUUGGCAUAUCACGGAAAGUUACUGAAUAUUCCAGUGACCGUAAUUAUGCCUGUUAAUGCCAGUGUAAUGAAACGUGAACUCUGUCAAAGUUACGGUGGUCGUGUUCUGCUCAAAGGUGGGAAUAUGUCUGAACAUUCUGAUACACACUACUACCCAAUUCUCCCUUUUGCUGGAGAUUAA